CAAAGGAAAAAUUAUAUGGAUAUCUGAGUGCUCGUGAAUAGAUUUUUUUUAUUAUUCAAACACUUUUCAUUCGAUUUCGUUUUUCUUUAUGUAGUUUCGAUUUAAUAUCAAUUUCAUAAAUGUUAUGAUACCUCUAAAAGGAAUUAAAAACGACAGCGGUCUUAAAAUGAACGUUCAUUUUUUCAGGAUUAUAGUUGAGGUAUAAAAGUAUCCUACGAUUUACGAAAAAAAAUUAGAAAAAAAUACAAAUAUUAAAAGCAGAUAUAGUACUCCCAAAAAAAUAUCGAGUGAGCGCAUCGAACAGAAAGUUAAAUAAUCAGUGUUAAAAAUUAUGUGCAAUCCAAGUGUUUUUGUGCCUCGUGGUGAGCUCUCGAAGGCCUCAGAGCAUGAGUGAACCACCAGGUCAGUGACCAUCCCAUGUCGACCCUGUGAAUCAUGUCAGGUCACAGCCUACCAGUUCAUCUCCCUCGCUGAGUCUCGACACCCGUGGAUAUGGAUCUCCUUACCUGUGCCAUCACCUUCGCUCACCUGCUCAUCAUUGCUACUGCCACAGGGUCGCAUUUUGAGCGCGUGGAGGGCAUAGUCGGGGGUGACCUGACUUUGCCCUGUGACGUCACCCCGCCCACCAGUGACCGCGUGGCUGUCAUUCUCUGGUAUCGUGACAACCACCCGGAUGCCAUGUAUACAUACGACGCCCGCAACACGUCCCUGGGCUACCGACAGCACACGCCCCGAGACCAGAAUGAUCAUCUCGGGCGCGACUCUGCAUGACGACGGGCGCUAUGAGUGUCGCGUGGAUUUCAUGAGGGCGCCAUCGAAAACGACGAUUAUUGAGGUGGUGGUGAUUGACCCUCCGUCAAGCAUAAAGUUGUCUCUCCACACUGGGAAGCACCUGGACAUCACGCUCCCAGCUGAUGAAGGAAGUUCCCUGCACCUGUCCUGUGUGGUGAACGGAGGACGCCCACGACCUCGCGUAUGGUGGACGCUGAAGAACGAGAGCCACGAGGUCAUCCUUGACGAGUCGUGGGAGCCGCUGAACAAGGAACUGACCAAAAACGACCUGAUGUUACCUCACCUCAACCACGAACUCCACCAGGAUCGGCUCGUCUGCCACGCCAGUAACACCAACAUCUCUUUGCCUCUCACCGCGUCCGUCACUUUGCUUCUUAACAUGGCACCCCGACUGGUGCGCAUCACGGGGCUUCCCUCGACGCUCCUCGCCGGCGACCGCUACCGCGUGUGGUGUGAGGCGCUGGGGAGCCGACCGGCGCCGACCCUCACCUGGACUAUCCGGCGGCCGCAUCGUCUCGAGGAGGUGCUCGCCACGCAGGAUCUGUCGCAGAGGAACGUGAGUCGUGGGCGCCAGGAGCUGGAAAUCAGCUGGAGCGACCACGGCGCGACUCUCAGCUGUUCUGCCGCUAGUCCUGCCCUGCCCUCUCGCAUCGUCACUAACACUACUGUUUUCGACGUGCACUUCGCCCCCCGGCUGCACCUGACGCUCGGGAGGAUGCUGAAGGCGGAGGCGAUACAGGAGGAGAGGGACGUCUACUUCCGGUGCUCCGUCACAGCCAACCCCAAGGUGUACAAGAUCACGUGGUACCACAAUGACGAAAUAGUGCAGCCCGACCGCUCUGCCGGCGUUCUAGUAUCCGAUGACCACUUGGUACUGCAGAAGGUGCACCGUCGCUGGAGUGGGACCUUUGUCUGUCGAGCUUCCAAUGUCGUGGGGGACGCGACGUCUAACGCCCUCUCGAUCACCGUCAGAUACGCCCCUCUCUGUUCCUCCUCGACCACGGGCGUGUACAGAGUCGCCCUCGGGGAUGAGAUAACCCUGCCGUGUCGAGUGUUAGCUCACCCUCCAAAUGUGACCUUCUCGUGGACUUUCAUGAACUCCUUGACUGAGCAUGAGCGAGUGGCAGGAGAGCGUGUAACAUGGAAGGGCCUUGAAUCGAGACUUCGCUAUCUCCCAGAGAAGACCCAAGAUUACGGUACCCUCCACUGCUGGGCCAGUAAUGUUGUUGGGAACCAGAAAGAACCUUGUGUUUUUACUGUCAAGCCUGCAGGAGUACCCUCGCCUCCCCUCAACUGCACGGUAAGCAACCAGACCUGGGAAAGCGUGGAAGUGACCUGUGGUGACGUCACUUCCGUCUACGGGUCGCGGCCAGGUCAGGGUCACAGCGGAGCCACAGGUCACGGCGGAGGGGCAGGAGGUCACGGCCUGGUCUUAUCGCCGACGCCCAGUGACCCCGCAGAGUUGGUUCAGGAUGCUGAUAAGCCGAGAUAUCUCGUGACGGUGCACGAGCGACUCUCCAAGGCUGUGACGCACAAUUUCUCAGGUGACGUAGGAAUGUUCGUAGUGGGCGGCCUGACCCCUGGGAUCGACUACCUCAUCACGGUGGUCAGAUUUAACAGUCACGGAAGGUCAGCGCCAAUCACCCUCGAGGCCUUCACGCUGCGCACGGCGGAAAACAGGAUGAGAGAGAAGGACGAGGGCGGAGACAGCAGCACCCACCUGCCUUCGGGCGAGGCGUCGGAGGAGGGGCUGGGGCUGGACCAUCCCGACCUGCUGGAGGCCAAGGCGCACGUGGGGCCGCCCGCGCCGUGCAGGGCGGCCGAGGUCACGCAGGCGGUGAGUGGGCCCCGGGCGCGGGCGCUCUCGCGGGCCCCCGGGCGCUCGCGGGCCCCCGGGCGCUCGCGGGCGUUGCGCCGGGGGCUUGGCACUUCGGCUGUUCUCGUGGCUGAUGUGAGUCGACCGCUGGAGGAUGACGCCCUGACCCCUGCCUCCGUUUCCCCCACCGCCCACAUGGACUACCUUCCGUGCGAGAGCUCCGACUCCAUUUCCCCCACGGUGAGGCCGCAUCCAAGGCUCUACGUUCGCGCGGAGGGACACAGCAGCCAGCAGGAGAGCUUUCUCUAA